CUCUCACUUGGUACCUAUAGACUUUUGUAGAUAACAGACUGCAAGCAGCAAAGCAAAGUACCUACCUUUGUUUAAUACUCUUUGGCAAACCAAAAACCAAGAUGAUUUAUAAAAGCGCUAGGACCUAGAACUGUAAAGGUGCAAAAAAACACAAAGGAAAACGAAGUAAAUCCAAAAUCGUAAAUUCGAUUCAAAUCAAUUGUUAUUACUGAAAAUAUAACUAUAAAAAUGUUGCUCAAAGUUUAUUCGAACUUUAUAAUAUUUAUCAUUUUUUUAAAUACAAACUAUAUACUCUCUGAAUUAAUAACGGCAUCUAUUAUUGGAACAGCUGUAGCGGCCACGGGUUUAUUUGGUUGGAAUUCCAUAAAAUCACAAACUUAUUGCCGAUUCAGAGAAUGUUGUGAUGAAAAAUACAUUCAUUUUGAUUUGGAUAAACUUAAAGAAUCGUUUUCACAAAGGAUGUUUGGCCAGCCUUUAGUUAACGAAAUUACCAACAUUCUAAAAGCUCACAAAGAGGCCUUACAUGACAAAGAUAAGAAAAAUAAGAAGGCGCUUGUAUUAAGUUUACAUGGCUGGUCUGGUGUAGGUAAGAAUUAUGCUGCAAAUAUGAUAGCUGAAGCGAUAUUUGAAAAAGGAAUGGAGAGCCAAUAUGUAAAAGUUUUUAUGGGAAAGAAAGAUUUUGAUUGUUCCAAUAUUCAGGAGACCCAGAACAUCCUGAUGGCGAAAGUUAACAACAUUGUGAAAAGUUGCCCUACAUCAUUGAUAGUAUUUGAUGAAAUACAUGAAAUGUGCCCAUCUAUUUUGGAUGCCAUAAAACCAAUGCUAGACCAUCAUCAUGCAGUUGAUGGAGUUGAUUACAGAAAUAGCAUAUUUGUAUUCAUGUCCAAUAUUGGCGGUAAAGAAAUUGCAAUGCGUCUUCUGGACUUAUACAGCCAGGGUAUCAAGAGAAAUGAGGUUGAAUUUCAUAACUUUGAACCAAUUAUAAGGAGAAUCUCAUACAGCACGGGUGGAUUUGAAAAAUCAUCUACUAUAGCACAACAUUUGAUUGAUCAUUAUAUUCCAUUUCUGCCAUUGGAGCAACACCAUGUUGAGAUGUGUGCAUUAGCAGAGUUCCAAGCUCAUGGUGUUCAUCAUCCAACGGAAGAAAUGAUUGCAGAUGCAUUGUCAGUAAUUACUUAUGGGCCUACAGAAGAACAACCAAUUUUUGCAAAUAAUGGAUGCAAAAGAUUUACAAAACAAGUGCCUUAUGUAAUACAAAAACACAGAAGUGAUUUGUAAUUGGUGUUAUAUUUUACUUAUGGACCAAAUAAAAGGAGCAUGGAGCUCAGUCUGUGCA